UUUUUUCUCACAAUUCAUUCAAUCUAUAAACAAGCAACGGAGGUUUUCUAGAGGUUUUCUACAUUCAUCUUUUUCUUGUCAUAACCCCUCGAAAAAAGUACUCAGAGAAAUGGCUGGAAUUGUGGUGAUUUUUGACUUCGACAAGACGAUCAUCGAAGUUGAUAGUGAUAAUUGGGUGUUGGAUGAGUUAGGUGCCACUGAUUUGUUCAAUCAGCUUCUCCCCACCAUGCCCUGGAACUCUCUCAUGGAUAGAAUGAUGAAGGAGCUUCACGACCAAGGCAAAACUAUUGAAGACAUUGAAGAGGUAUUGAAACGGGUUCCCAUACACCCCAGGAUUGUCCCAGCUAUUAAAUCAGCUUAUGCAUUAGGGUGUGAUUUGAGAGUAGUAAGCGAUGCAAAUGUAUUCUUCAUUGAAACAAUCUUGAAACAUCUGGGUAUAAGGCAUUGCUUCUCAGAAAUCAACACAAAUCCAGGCUCCAUCAAUGAGGAAGGCAGACUUAAAAUCCUCCCUUAUGUUGAUUUUCAAACAUCCCCUCAUGGCUGCAAAUUAUGCCCUCCAAACAUGUGCAAGGGUCUGAUAAUAGAAAGAAUACAAGCUUCCAUGGCUAAGGAAGGGAAGAAAAGAAUGAUCUAUCUAGGUGAUGGAAUUGGCGAUUUUUGCCCUAGUUUGAAGCUCAGGGAAGGAGAUUUUGUCAUGCCAAGAAAAGAUUUCCCAGCCUGGAAUUUGAUAAACGAAAACAGGAAACUAGUAAAAGCAUCGGUCCACGAGUGGACUGAUGGGGAAGAGCUAGAGCACAUUCUACUCCAACUGAUUAACGCAAUUGCCAUUGAAGAAAGUCAAUUAUUAUCAGUUGAAUGCAAGUUCCACACAAUGUCGAAAGCAGCUCACGACGCCUUGCCACAGGCUCUUUCAGUACCUUACUAAUUCUUUAUAAGACUGCCCAAGUCAUUACCAUGGAGCUUCUGACUUGUUUUGAUUUUAGGUAGUUAAGUGUGGUUUCUCUAUU